GACUAUUUAUCUGGCUUGCUUACUCAUUAAAUAAAAGUCUUGCUUGAGCUAACGCUGGCUAAACUAAUAUAAAUAUAAGUUUAGUUUAAUUAAUUCAUACCAAUCUGAAACUAAAAUGGUCUUUUUACCAUUAAAAUCCAAUUUCUAGUGAAAUCGUCAGAGUCAGACUGUGAAGUGACUGUCACAGUGUCAGAUUUGAACUUGUAAGGAACAACUAUUAGAGGAUGUCUUUAAAAUCCAUCAAGGAUAUCAAACCAACAAAAGGGGAUGAAAAAUCAAAGGCGUCCAAAGCUGCAGAUCUCGAACGCUUUCGUCAAAGUCUGGCCAAACGCUCAUUAGAUGUGAAAUUUGACCUGCAGGACACAGACUACAAGCCAAUAGAAAAUAUUGGCAUUGGUGCCUAUGGAGUAGUGUGUUCGGCCAUACACACUAAGUCUGGUGAUCGUGUCGCCAUUAAAAAAAUUCCAAGUGUCUUUGAAGCACUGACCAUAGCUAAAAGAACGUACCGAGAAAUAAAGAUUUUGAAGCAUUUCAAGCAUGACAAUAUCAUUUGUAUAAGGGAAAUAUUACUGCCAAAGGAAAAUGCCAAAGACUUCAAGGACAUCUAUGUUGUCUUUGACCUCAUGGAGAGUGAUCUGCAUCGCAUCAUCUACUCGGAGCAGGAGCUGAGUGAAGAACACAUUCGCUACUUCCUGUAUCAGAUACUGCGCGGGCUGAAGUACAUCCACUCAGCCAAUGUCAUACACAGAGACCUGAAGCCCAGCAACCUUUUAGUCAAUGAAGAUUGUCAUUUGAGAAUCGGAGAUUUUGGCAUGGCAAGAGGCAUAUUCUACACGCCCAAUGAAGCCAGUUACUACAUGACUCAGUAUGUGGCCACGCGAUGGUACCGUGCACCAGAAAUACUGCUAGCAAUGCUGGAGUAUGGCACAGCAGUUGACAUGUGGUCAGUUGGCUGUAUUUUUGCCGAGAUGAUUGGCAGGAAACAUUUAUUCCCUGGUAAGGAUUACAUCUCACAGCUGAAGCUAAUUAUAGGUGUGCUUGGAACUCCCUCUGAGGCUGUCUUAAAGAACUGUCAAAAUGACAUCCUUAAAAGAAUUAUCAAAGGUUUUACUAAAAAGGAACCAAUGUCAUGGCAGAAGCUGUUCCCUAAAACAAGUAAAAAGUCUCUGGACCUCCUCAGCAGAAUGCUGGUGAUAAACCCUGCAGAACGUAUCACAGUGGAGAAGGCAUUGUCCCAUGGGCUCCUCAAUAACUAUCACGACCCAGACGAUGAACCCAUUUGUGUCCCGCCAUUUAACUUUGAUUUUGAGAAACAAAACUUGGAUAAAACUGAGCUGAGGACUUCAAUAAUGGAGGAAAUCAUGAGCUUUCACCAGCCUAAACCCUCACCACUGAGCUUCAGUGCAUUCCUUCGGCCUGCGCCUAAAGUUGAAGAGACAAAGAAAAAUGAAAAGGCGGAAGAUCUCUUUUCUAAAAACUGUGCAAUAGUUUCAUUAUCAGAUGCCGACUUAGGAAAAACUGAAACGAGUGUUUUUAAAAUGUCUGGCAAUGCGGAGCCCAAGCCAGCUAGUAAAGUGUCACCGGUCUCAGUUGACCUGGGCAAGCUACAGGUGGUGGCGUCCUCGUCUGACGUUGAAAUGCUGAGCGCCCAGUCUAACGACGGCAGGUCAAUGGACACACACCAGGCCGCCAGCUUAACCUUACACAAGGAGGAGGCCAUUCAAGAGGAGAAAGACAAAGGUGUAGGGGAAAAGGAAAAACCUGGACUGGAAAAGAAAACUGGCAGUACUAUUUCAGAGGAUACUAAGGCUAGAGUGAAGAUGGCCUUGAUGAACCCCACUCACAGGAAACAGAGAGCAGAAUCCCAAGGGGAAGAGCCAAAAGACACCAAACCUGUGACAGCUGCCCAAAGACAAAAGGAAAGGGAAGAAAAAAGGAGGAAGAAAAAGGAGAGAGCAUUGGAGAAAGUUAAAAAAUCUAAAGAAAAGAAAGGUUGCCAAGAGCAACCAAUCCUGCUGUCUACAGAGGACAUGGAACUUCUAAGGAGGUGGACCGUGAUGCAAAACCCCAGUCACACCGACACAUCAAGUCCACCCCACCCUGGUCCGUCCUUGACCCCGCCACAGAACCCCACCACCAUCUCAUCCAAGUCAUUCUCCAGCAGCUGCUCUGUCCAAGAAACAUCUCCAGACACCAGCUCCUCCCUGGAGAAGGCAUCAGUAACAACUCUAGCCCAGACCUCCGUCAGCACCUUGUCCAGCACCACCUUAGUCAACCCCUCCGUCUUCAUGUCCGGCACGCAGUUAAAUCUAGUGCAGGCCAACUUCAUCCCGGUCCUGGCCAUACCGUCAGUGUCCAACCCAGGGAAGAUUGAGAUCAAGAGAAUCUUCCACUCUUCUGACCUGGGUUCUAAACCUGCCAGCUCCACCAGCCUUGCCCCCAGGAACCAAACAUCAGACAGCACCAAAAGCCUGCUACAGAAUGCAAUCUUAAUGAGAGGUAACUCCACGGCGCCGCCUGUCGAUACCCAGCCUAAAGCAAGCGCAGUCGACAACAGCUUUAUUAACUUGAAAACUCAAACAGACAUUAACUUCUCAAAGUACUCCUCCGACAUUAAAGACGAUCACAUGACAUCUAAUAUCUUAACAUCAAGCAAAUUCGACUCUUCUGUUCUAUGUGAUAGAAAUCUUCUCACCACUCAAGAGGAGCUCAAGGAAGAUAAGCUGUCACCUCGUAGCCAAGGAAACGACCUGUUGGACUUCCUGGACCAGCAUCUGAAAGAUUCCCCAAAACAAGAACUCCUGCAUAACUCCCCUUACCACUCAUCUGUUCCUGAACAACACGGGUCAUUUCCGUUACACGGGUCACACGAGAACUCUCACAUCAACACAUCGACCCCGCCCGCUUACAACACUUACUCACAUGUCCAGAACGAUGAACAGAUAACGAGGUCAAACUCCACACCAAGUCUGCUCAGACACAACUCCCACACGCCCAGCCUCACCAGUCAGCCCCAGGAGAGGACACAGAGGUCUUCUCUUCCCUUCGCCUCCUACAGCCAACAAACAUUCUCAAACUCCUUCCCUAACCAGAACAGCUUCCAGGUGGCCUACGCAGGCAAGUUCAACGAAACCUUCCCCCACCACAUCGACACGACAACGCAGUUUUCCGACGGCUACAGCCCCCACGAGAACAGCCCUGCGUUCUCACAGCCUGCCAACCUUCUGAACUACAGCCCGUCUCUACCCCACUCGAACCUUAUGUUUCAAAUCUCGCCAGAUUUCUCCUGCCAGCCCAACCCACAGCACAUUUUCAGAGCCGCAGACACGUUUGGUGGGUACCCAAGCUACACAGACACAGCCCCUGCCACUCAGCUUAACCAGUUCCAGGGCUUUAACCCUACACAGGCCAGUGUUGAAAGAAAUCAAGGCUUUAACCCUCAACAGGCUGGUAUAGAAGGAAAUAUAUACCAGGCUAGCAGCAGCUAUAGUAGAACAUCUGAGGACUUACAGCAAACUAAACCCGCUCACUCAUUGGUUUCUUCAGGCAGUGACCAGUCCUUUAACUCACCUCUGUUACACCGCAACCAGAACCUGGGUCAACAGCCCAGGGCUGGAGCUUCAGGCAACACAGAACAAACCAAGCUGAGGAUCAACUGCAGCCACCCAGCCCGGGGUACAGAAAACCCUGCCGACCUGAUCGCCCUGCUGAGCAGCAAGCUGUCCCGAUCCCAGGUGGCUGAUAUCUUCCCGCCUGCGCUGACCUUGACCCCCAAAGGUACAGGGGCGGGCUACGGUGUGGGCAUGGACCUGGACCACAUGUUGACAGACGCUCAGGAAAUGGCAUGCAUACGACCAGACCAAAGCCCCCUGUCUUCAUCUCUUCUUGCUGAUUGGCUGGAUAUCAGCGGGAACAUCAGCCAAGCUGACCUGGAAGCACUCGAGCGUGACUUUAUUUUACAGAGCCCUAUGCACGUUAGCUACAGUGAUAUAAACUUGUGAUAUUUUUUUCAACCUUUUCCUGUCUACUUGUUUUCUUUUGACUGCAAAAUAUAGACCCAUCUCACUGGGCUUUCAAACUCUUUAACAGAAUUUCUUUCUUGAAAUUAAUGUAAACUCUACAGCUUCUUUCAUAUACACAAAAUAUAUUUAUUUACAUGUUACUGAAAAGUUUUUGUAAGGUAUAUUGUAAAUCAAAAGAUAAGUCAGUCUAAACUGUUUUUCAUUCAAGAAAUAACUUUCAUGCAACCAUUUGUUCUUAAAGCUAAGUUUAUAAGCACUGUUAAGUUUCUUCAAAGGGUAUCUGUAAAAUACCAUGUAACAAGAUUGGUAUAAACAAUGUUUGUUGAUGUUGAUAAUGCUGCAUCAGUACAAUAAGAGUGAAUUGUUGUGUUGUUGUUGAGAUAGUUGAUUAAAUUAAAUAAAUGUUGACUACAGAUAUAUGAUGACCUUCCCUAACUGCAGUAGGGUCUGAACAGUUGAUGGACAAUCAUUAAUCUAAUCACACUAGCUUCAUCAGAAGUAGAGUUCAUCUGUUUCAAUGACCGUGGUGUGAUAAUGCGGUCAGCACUAUACUCACUGCCUUCCCUGACAUGAGUCAGGUACCAAUUAUAACUGGGUAGACUCAGGGACUUUCUACAGACCUGAGCCCGGGAU